AUGAACCCACCCCCAUUCGGCACAGCGAGCGCUUACGCCGACACCUUUCCGGCCCCGCCGCCCAAGACCCUCACACUCGGCGCCGAGACUUGCUUCAACCUGACAGUGUUCCGAGACCUCGUGCGGCAAUAUCGCAAGCUCGACGACCAGGUGGUCACGCGCCUGAACCGCGCGCAAGCCCAGCUCCGCGAUGAGGCGCGCGAAGGCAAGGGGAGCGGGAACGAGGGCAUGUGUGCCCAGAUGUGGAGCGAAAUGAUGGCCGGCUGGGCCCACCGCCAAACUCUCCUCACAUACUGCCAGAAGACGGUCGAGGCGUCCGCGGCCGCAAAGAAGGCCGGCGAGUCGGCGCCGUCACCACACCGUGGUGCGCUCGAGGAGCAGCGCAUCGCCGAGCAACUCGACUCUGAAGUCAUGAUCGAAGCCAUCAUCCGGAAACGCACCCUCGACGUGUUCCGCCAGCGCUGUCCCUUCUUUGCGCCCACGACGGAUGCCGGGCGGGUGUGGUGGGAGCUGGCCGACGGAGGCCAGCCCGGCGAAGGGCCGAGCGUUUAG